AUCGGCCGCCCCACCAUUCCUCCCGAAGGUAUAACAGGGCGCAAUGUGGGCGGAUUGGAGUCUUCUCGGUGACAGUGUUGGUGGGAUUGGGGGACUAUGUCUGGAAGAGGAAAGGGCGGGAUGAAAGCGCGCACCAAGGCCAAGUCUCGGUCGUCCCGGGCUGGCCUGCAGUUCCCGGUGGGCCGUAUUCACAGGCUCCUGAGAAAGGGCAACUAUGCUGAGCGGGUGGGGGCCGGAGCGCCGGUCUAUCUGGCUGCGGUGCUGGACUAUCUGGCGGCUGAAGUCCUGGAGCUGGCCGGGAACGCGGCCCGGGACAACAAGAAAACCCGCAUCAUCCCCAGGCACCUGCAGCUGGCCGUGCGCAACGACGAGGAGCUCAACAAGCUGCUGGGAGGGGUGACCAUCGCUCAGGGAGGGGUGCUGCCUAAUAUCCAGGCCGUGCUGCUGCCCAAGAAAACCGCCCCCACCAAAAAGUGAAGAGACUGAUCUUGAUUCUGACAACCCAAAGGCUCUUUUAAGAACCGCUCACAAUAUCAGAGAAAGAAACUAGACCCCAUCUCUCGGGUUGAUAUUUCCUUUUGAUUAUUAAGUUAGUUAAUGCCCUGUUAAUUGCAUGAAUAUUGGAGAGUCAGUGUGUGUUUUCUGAUAUCCACAUCCUCUUGACCGCCUGCAGUCAGCCAGGUUCACAGUGAGAGCUGGGAGACAAGGGGUUUGAAGUGUUUAUGAUGCCCUAUCUGUACUCUGUUCAGUGUGCUGUUUCUCUAUCUGUACUGUCCGAUUAGUAUAUUAUUUCUUUAUCUGUCUUCUCAGUUAGUGAGUUGUUUCUUUAUUUGUAUUCUCAGUUCAGUGUUUUGUUUCUCUAUCUGUACUGUCCAAUCAGUGUGUUGUUUCUCCACUGCUACUCUCAGUUUGGUGUGUUGUUUCUAUAUCUGUACACUUACUUCAUUGUAUUGCUCAAUGUUUUCUCAAUUAUUUCUCUGUCUGUACUCUCUGUUCAGUGCGCUGUUAUUCAUUCUGUGCUCUCAGUUCAGUGUACUGUUUGUGUAUCUGUACACGCCAGUUCAUUUUGUUAUUUGUCUGUACUUUCAGUGCAGUCUGCUGUUUCUCUAUCUGCCAUGUCCAAUCAUUGUGUUUAGAUUCCUACAGUGUGGAACCAGGCCAUUUGGCCCAACCAGUCCACACCGACCCUCGAAAGAGUAACCCACCCAGUCCCAUUUCCCCCUCGCUAAUGCGCCUACCACUAUGGGAAAUUUAGCAUAGCCUGAGGCUGGAAUUGAACCUGGUACCCUGGUGCUGUGAGGCAGCAGUGCUAACCACUGAGCCAUCAUGCCACCCCAUUUCUCUAUCUGUACUCAGUUCAGUGUGCUAUUUCUGUAUCUGUACACCCAGUUCAUUGAGUUAUUUCUCUCUCUGUAUGCUCAGUUCUGUGUGCUGGUUCUCUCCCUGUACACUCAGUUUACUGCGUUAUUUAUCUGUACAAUCUGUUCAGUGUGUUUUUUCUUUAUCUGUACUCAGUUCAGUGUGCUGUUUAUUUGUCUGUACUGUCAUUUCAGUGUGCUGUUUCUGUACAGUCAGUUCAGUGUGUUAUUUCUCUAUCUGUACUCUCAGUUCAGUGAGUUGUUUCUUUAUCUGUACUCAGUUCAGUGUGCUAUUUCUGUAUCUGUGCACUCAAUUCAUUGUGAUAUUUUUCUAUCUGUACUCGCAGUUCAGUGUGUUAUUUCUCUGUCUGUAUUCUCAAUUCAGUGUAUUGUUUCUCUAUCUGUACUGUCUGAUCAGUGUGUUAUUUCUCUAUUUGUACUCUCAGUUCAGUGUGCAAUUUCUGUAUCUGUACACUCAGUUCAUUGCUUUAUUUUCUGUCUGUACCCAUUGAUCAGAGUUCCGUUUUUCUAUCUGAACGCUGAGUUCAGCAUGUGUUUCUCUCUCUCCUUACUUUCUGUUCAGUGUGCUGUUUCUGUACUUGUACACUCAAUUCAUUGUGUUGUUUCUCUAUCUGUACUCCUUUCAGCGUGUUAUUUCAAUAUCUGUAGUCUCUGUUCAGUAUACUGUUUCUGUAUCUGUACUCUCAGUUCAGUGUGCUCUUUCUGUACCUGUACACUCAGUUCAUUGUGUUAUUUCUCUGUCUGAACUCUCAGUUCUGUGUUUUGUUUCUCGACCUGUACUCUCAGUUCAGUGUGCUGUUUCUGUAUCUGUGCACUCAGUUCAUUGUGUUAAUUCUCUAUAUGUACUCAUGAGUAUCUAAAGUUGGAAUUUAGGCAACAAAAUAUGUCGAUUUUUAUUUCAACAAAAUGGUUUAAAAGAAUGCUACAAAAUGGCCUGUGAACCAUACUGCUGAUUUGCAGAAUUAACUUGCAGUUCAAAGAUAAGAGGAAAAUAGAAUUUUCAUAAGAUGAAUACUGACACAUUAAUUGACCAUUUGAACUCACCUUGAACUAAUACAUGGCAUGACAAUUUACGUAAAUUAGAUAUCCUUUUGAAAGAAAAUAUCAUUGGAUUAACUUGCUGUAAAUCAUGUCACCUUAUUAGAUGUGAUUGGUCUUUCUUGUAAUUAAGGCUGUACCAUUUCUUAAAAAAAACAUAUGAGUAACAUGUAAUUUUCAAAUGUAAUUGUGCAACUUUAUCACGGAACACAGAAGCUUCAAU